UAGCUCUUACUUUACCACCCCACACCACACUAUAAUCUCAUACCCCCAAACAAAAUACGACUUCUAGUUUAUUCUUGCAAUUCAUCACAAGUCACACAUUGAUCAAAAAGGCCAAGUAAAAUCUCCUUUUCAAAAUGAAGAUAAAGAUAAAGAGCAAAACACAUGUGAAACCAAACAAACCAAUACUAGGGAAGAAACAAUUCCAGCUAACCACAUUUGAUCUUCCUUACCUUGCUUUCUACUACAACCAGAAGUUUCUGCUCUACAAGUUCCAGAACCUUCUAGAACUCGAAGAAGCCGCUUUCCAAAACGACGUCGUGGAGAAGCUCAAGGAUGGUUUGGGUUUGGUUCUUGAAGACUUCUAUCAGCUCGCCGGUAAACUGGCCAAGGACGACGAAGGAGUCUUCCGAGUUGAGUACGACGCUGACGACGGAGAGAUCAACGGCGUGGAGUUCUCGGUUGCUGAUGCUGCUGACGUCAGUGUCGAUGAUCUGACGGCUGAGGACGGAACAGCUAAGUUCAGGGAGUUGGUUCCGUACAAUGGGAUCUUGAACUUGGAAGGACUGAGCAGGCCUCUCCUUGCUGUCCAGGUGACCAAGCUUAGAGAUGGGCUCGCAAUGGGCCUAGCCUUCAAUCACGCAGUCCUGGACGGUACUGCCACCUGGCAUUUCAUGAGCUCAUGGGCCGAGAUCUGUUGUGGGGUCAAGUCCAUCUCAACACAACCUUUCCUCGACCGAUCCAAGGCACGUGACACGCGCGUGAAGCUCGACCUCACUUCCCCAAAGGACCCAAACGCAGCCUCCAACGGCGACGACGCCGGCGACGCCACGUCGAAACCGCCGCAGCUUGUGGAGAAGAUCUUCAGGUUCUCGGACUCCGCCAUCCACACGAUCAAGUCAAGAGCGAAUUCGGUCAUCCCAUCCGACGGCUCGAAACCUUUCUCCACUUUCCAGUCCCUCACAUCACACAUCUGGCGCCACGUCACCCUCGCGCGUGGGCUUAAACCCGAGGAGAUCACCGUCUUCACCGUAUUCGCCGACUGUCGUCGCCGUGUUGAUCCUCCGUUGCCGGAGGAGUAUUUCGGGAACCUGAUUCAGGCGAUCUUCACGGGGACGGCGGCGGGGCUUCUGGCGGCGCACGGGCCGGAGUUUGGGGCGUCGGUGAUACAGAAAGCGAUCGUGGCUCACGACGCGCGUGCGAUAGACGCGAGGAACGAGGAGUGGGAGAAAUCGCCGAAGAUCUUUCAGUUCAAAGACGCCGGAGUGAACUGCGUGGCGGUGGGGAGCUCGCCGAGGUUCCGGGUUUACGAGGUGGAUUUCGGGUGGGGAAAACCCGAAACGGUUCGGAGCGGGUCGAAUAAUCGGUUCAAUGGGAUGAUGUAUUUGUACCAAGGAAAAGCUGGAGGUAUAAGCAUCGAUGUGGAGAUCACUCUCGAAGCUUCUGUCAUGGAGAAGCUAGAGAAGAGCAAAGAGUUUUUACUCGUCGAGGAAGAGGAGGAAAAUGGAAAGAAGCUCUGCAAUGGCAAUGGUAAUGCUAAUGCUAAUGGUAACGGAUUUGUUUGAGUCAAUCCAGCGGGUUAAUUAGUUAAUUAAUCCAAACUCUUGAGUUUUGGUUUUGGGUUAACUAGCUGAUUAAUUUCAGUGAUUCCAUUAAGGAAAAAAACCUAUGUUUUUUUUUAAGCUAUGGUAAUAAUAAUUGCUCAUAUGUUGAUAAUAAAUCAGCAGAAUGCUUGCUUGUGUAUUGUGGUUAAUUGAUGUGUUGAUUAUGUAAUGUGUUUUUUUGGAA